UGCGCGGGCACAGGCGCGGCCCCGCCCCCAGGGCGGCCGGACCCGCCGGUUUGGCCAAAAAAAACAGCGAGUUUGGGCAAAAAACACCGGGAUUGUCCGAAACCAGGCUGGGGACAGCGGGGCUGGGGGAAAGCAGCACGUCUGUGGAAAAAACACGGCGCGGGUUUCACGGGAAAGCUGCGGAUCUCGGGGACAAAGAUUCCGGCGAGUUCCCGGCAGGGCCGGCGGCGCCGGGCGGGAGCGGCCGAGGGAGCCGGCGGUCCCUGAGGGGAACGGGGGCACAGACAGCCCUCCCGGCUCCAAAGAGAGGCGUUUCCGAGGGAAAAUAAAGUCAAGUGGCGAACGGCGUCGGUGGGAGCUCCCUGCUGGACUGGCAUUCCUGGGCCAUGGCUGUGCGGCGCUGGAGGGGGGUCCCCUUUGGGAAUCUCUCGGAAUGUCCCAACGGCUCCCGCUGGAUCCUCGAGGUGUUCCACGAGUGUGCCCAGGAUGGCCGGGACGUCUCCAGCGUUAUCCUGGGGCUGGUCUCCAUCCUCUGCUUCGCAGCCGCCUCCUUCCCGCAGUUUUACCAAGCCUGCAAAACAGGCAUCAUGGACCGGGCUCUCUCCAUAUACUUCCUGCUGGGAUGGCUGGGAGGAGACCUCCUGAACCUCAUCGGCUCCUUCCUGGCUGAUCAGCUGCCCCUGCAGGUUUACACGGCUGUUUACUACGUGCUGGCCGACCUGGUGAUGCUUUCGCUCUACUGCUACUACAGGGUGAAGAACAGGGGGGCCAGAUUCACUGCCCCAAUCAAUGCAGCCUUUGUGUUCCUCUCCAUGGGAACAGUGUCAACCCUCUCCCUCCUGGGCAGUGGCACCUCCGCAGAGGGCACAGGGACCUUUCCAGGGAGGUCUCUGCUGUCAGUUCAUGUGGAUGAUCCUGGAUCAAAGCCUUUCACCAGGAGUGAGAUCAUUGGAUUCACCGUGGGCUCCGUGUCCUCCGUGCUGUACCUGUGCUCCCGAGUGCCCCAGAUCUACACCAACUACAAGAGGAAAUCCACCACUGGGAUCUCCUACUCCCUCUUUGCCCUGGUGAUGUUGGGGAACUCUCUCUACGGCCUCAGUGUCCUCCUGAAGAACCCUGAGCCAGGCCAGGGAGAAGGUGACUAUGUCCUGCACCACCUGCCCUGGCUGGUGGGCAGCCUGGGGGUCCUUUCUCUUGACGUGGUUAUCUCCUUCCAGUUCCUCGCCUAUCGGAAAGGAAGAGCCAGUGCCCACGAGGAGAGGGAUGCUCUUCUUGGGGAGCAGAGUGACAGCCUGGAGAGCUGACCAGGGGCCCUGCCUGGAGCGAGAGGAUGAGGAUGCAGAUGAAGAAAGUGCCUGAACACCGGGCAAACCAGCCCCUCCAUACUGGUGGCUCUUGGGAGAAGAGAACCUGAACCAGUGGGUGACACGUUGUGCUGCUACAACAGUGGCAGAGGAUGCUGCUGUUUGAACUUGUGCCUUUGAUAUCCAUGAUGCUGUUGGGAUAAAAGGGAAUUCUUUGAUA